AUGCCAACGAUUGAAAUCGAAUACAGCCAAGCUACCCAAAGGCUUCAAAGCGCCGACUCCUCGGGGCCAGCAAUCAUCUCCACCCCUUCCGGCUUGGCUAUCCUCGAGAUCCAGGGCGAGCUCACGCUUCCCAGUGACGUUCCUCUGGACGAAGCCGAGAAGGCAAAGUAUUCCCUUGACAGCGAUGGUAUGGAUAUUGUCAAGUUUGGUAAACUUGAAUUGGAUGGAAAAAAUGCCACCUUAUUCAUUGGGCAAUCCCAACGGUUGGUUGGCUCCUUAAUCAAACUUGACAAGCCGCUCGGAGUCAUGAGAUUCCCAGAAACUACCGAGACUGGAAACGUACCUGAGAAUUAUGCUGUUAAAUUUAUGGAUGUUAUUACUCAAAAAGUUAUCUUCAAGCAAAGACCGUUGCCGAUUAUGUAA